UCUGCUCUGCACAGUCCUCGGUGCUCUGCGCGCAACAGCAACGCCGCGCCGCGGCCCCGACCAGGAAGUGAAUUUGAAGAAAAUAAGCGACUGUGGAGGUAGAAUGACAUAGAGGGGGAGAGGUGGGAGAGAAGCAAGCGGAGAAAGAAGUGACUAACGGAGGGAGGGAUCGACCCUGUUUCUGGACCUGUAUUAAGCUGCUCCCCUCCUGGAUAUACUGCACCGCCAAAAAAUGCUCAUAAAGGAAUUUCGAGUGAUUCUUCCUAUCUCUGUGGAAGAGUACCAGGUCGGCCAGCUGUACUCUGUGGCAGAGGCCAGUAAGAAUGAGACGGGUGGAGGAGAAGGAGUGGAGGUGCUAAAAAAUGAGCCCUACGAGAAAGAAGGAGAGAAGGGACAGUACACACACAAAAUCUACCAUUUGCAGAGUAAAGUGCCAUCAUUCGUCAGAAUGUUGGCUCCAGCUUCAGCUCUCAACAUCCAUGAGAAAGCCUGGAACGCAUACCCAUACUGUCGCACAGUUAUCACUAAUGAGUAUAUGAAAGAUAACUUCCUGAUCAAGAUUGAGACAUGGCACAAACCUGACACGGGACAUCUCGAAAAUGUACACGGUUUGGAUGCAGAAACCUGGAAGAAGGUGGAUGUAGUCUAUAUUGAUAUCGCGGACAGAAGCCAAGUGGAGCCGAAGGACUACAAGCCAGAGGAGGACCCUUGCAGGUACAAGUCAGUAAAGACAGGACGAGGCCCUCUAGGACCAGACUGGAAGAAAGAACUUCCUAAGAAGACAGACUGCCCACACAUGUGUGCCUACAAACUGGUUACUGUCAAAUUCAAGUGGUGGGGACUGCAAAAUAAAGUGGAGAACUUUAUUCAAAAGCAAGAGAAGCGUUUGUUCACUAAUUUCCACCGUCAGCUGUUCUGCUGGAUCGACAAGUGGAUCGACUUGAACAUGGAAGACAUUCGUCGCAUGGAGGAGGAGACUCGCAAGCAGCUAGAUGAGAUGAGAGUGAAGGACCCAGUGAAAGGAAUGGUGGCUCUAGAGGACUGAGGUUGUGAUGAACCGUGAAUACUGCUGCUCAUCAGACCAGACUACCCAGACACCAGCGGAUUCACAUUCUUAUUCUAUUCCAACUGACACAACAUCUGACCGGCCGGUCCAAUUAACCCCCCCCCCUCCCUCCCUCCCCGAUACAAUCUGGCUUUCAGGGUCCUGGAACCAGUAAUCUCCCAGUUUUCAGAUGAUCUCCUACACCACAUCCCACCUCCCUUGAGUCCCAUCCAUCUCUUAUUUGUUUUUCCAUCCAGUGUCUUAUUACCUGCUCUGAGGCCUCCACACUAGAUCUUGUCAGUCAGUCCUCUCUUUCGCUCUCUCAGCCUCUAAACCUUUCUAAACUACAGAGAAUAGUGUUAUCUCUGCAAUUUAGGAUUGAUUUCUAUUUAAGAUAUCCCAAUGGUGUAUAUAUACAGUAUACCGUUGAAUAAUUGUAUUGAAAUAUAUAUAUAUAAAUAUAAAUAUAUAUGAACAGGGUUUUUAAAAGGAUUUUGUCUGUAAGUAUGUCUAUGGAUGUUUAUUUUUUCAAGUCCAAGCUGUAGCCUAUCUGCUCAGUUUUGAUCCUGUCUUUUUUGAUUUGUCAUAAUACCUCCUUACCUCCAUUUAUGUCAUGCUUUAUGCAGUGUUUCUUUUUGCUGUUCAAACCAAUUUGCGAGUCUACAAACCGCAGCUGCAAGGUUGGGAUUGUGCUGAGAGUGUUAUGUUGUCUCUGCUAUACUCCCGACCGACUAGAUAGGAUAUCUUUCCAGGAUCUCCCUUAAUGUCGUGAGGCAUUCAUUGGCUUUUUCUGCUGCUUUGUAUGUUUGUGUGUAUAUCUGUGUGCGUGCGCGCGUGUGUGUGUGUGUGUGUGUGUGUGUGCGUAUGUGUGUGUGUGUAUGUGUGUUUCUGUAGCAUUGUAAGGUCAUCAAGGUUUCCAGACAUGUUUUUCAUUUUCAGUUUUAUUUGGCUGUUCAAACAGGCCGCUUGAAAGUGCAGUGAUUUAAAUAUACAGUAAUAAGGGAAAUACACAGUAGAUCAGCCAUAAAUUAGUCUUUUUAUUUUUUACAGACUUUACAGAUGAUUCUGUGAUUUUAACAUUUAGCAGACAUCGUGAAUACACAGCUCCUCCUGCUCCCUGUAGAUAAAUAAAUGGUUCUUUGAAAGUAAAAUGUUAUGUGAUCUGCAUCAGUUCUUGCCCUGUCACCCAUUCUGUCACCUCCAGUGGAUAAAUGGUCUUAUCCAGCGAUAGCAAUAACUACCAUGAUACGUUGGUCUCUCCUUUUUAUCAUCGCAAAUCUAAUCUCACUCUAGUGUUUGUUCCUAUCCUAAAACAGUUUUAGUAAAGCAGAGCCCACGCUGAGAGCCAGGGAUGGUUAAGAUGUUGUUUUGUCUUUGGAUAAGGCGGAUUUCUCUCGUGCUGGAGACUGAAGCCUGUUAUUUGUAAUAGUUGUUAGGUUUUUCGGUAUAUGCAUGAGUGUACAUGAGUGAUGUAAAGUGGGUGUCUUUGAAGUGAUCUGAUGCUGGCUGGGUAAAGAAGAAUGGAAGUAAUGGUGCUAGAGUAGUGAUAACAGCAGGCACUAACCUUCCUCUUGUUGACAUCUGUUUGGCCUUCUUUGUCCUCAGUUACUUUUUUAUUAUCCUCUUUUCCAUCCUCUGUUUACCUUCCCUACACAUCUUAUAACAGAGUGGAAACUUUAAAGAGCAAGAAACAGAUCAUGUCAAAACUAUUAUACUGAUUUAGGUCUGCCAUCAGAACAUGUAGUUAACACUUAAACUGCAGGGGUUUGAUGAAUUUCAGGUCCAUACGUAGGUUUUUGUGUGUGUGUUAAAAGCAAACAUUUUGCACUGUUGAGUCCAUAUUAAUUAAUGUUAAAUUGGAUAAUUUUCAAAUCUCCAAUAAAUUGAAUAUAACUUAUUUAUGUACACAAAAUCUAUAUCAUAACAAUAGCAUAAUCAUACACACCUGUGUAGAAUGUGAUUGAAUGCUUACUGUAAUGAAUGAUGAUAAGUGAUUCAUUGGUAAUUAUUAAACAAAAACUGUAUCAAGUCCAGCUUUUAAUAAAAGCUCUGUAAUGGCCUGAUAUUUUAUUUUAUUUAGUUUAACAUUGUAUUGGUCUGACUAGAAUAAGAAAUAAUAAUCAGUAAUAUUAUCAUCUGACGUACGACAUGACAGAGCAGAGCAAAUUAUUACAGUUAAAUAUAUUUAUUUCUAUUAUCUUUAUAAAAUUGUUAUAGUACAUAAUAACCUCUGAGGUGCUCAUAAAAUUGGGGGGUUUCUUUAGAUAGCAGCACUGACAGCAGUCUUCCAGGGCCUCUUGACUUAUGAAUAGUCACAUAUCACUAUUUCCAGCUGAUUGUCAGCAGGAUAUAUAUAUAUAUAUAUAGUUUGUUUCACCUUCAUGAUAUUACAGAAAUGGAGAUUUUGAAUGACUUUUUGCCUCGUUUUACCGGAUAAUAUUGGAGUAGUGUAACUGCAAUAUUUAGCCUAUACAUUUAUGUGAUCUGUAUUAAGACCAAGCACAAUAGCCAUACAAUCCAUAUUCUUGUAUUUGCCAUAAGGAUAGUAAAAGCGUAAGAAGGAAGGAAGGGAAUUAGAAACUGCUCACAGCAUUAUUGGCAACAAUUCAAGCUUAAUACUUUAGAAUUGCUUCAUCUUGUUGUUGUUUUCAUGUCCCUGUAUAAGUAUGUGAAAAUAAGUUCAUAAACCUCAGUACAAGACAUUUUCUGUUGCCUCCCCUUUAAAGAAAACACUGGCCCUGGGUGUCCAACCCUUUCACCUCUCUCUGUGUCCAUUGAGCAUCUCACUCACUGUCUGUGAUGGGGCUACUAAACUGAAUCAUGGAGAUUUGUGGAUGUACUGUAUGUAUUGACUUUGUAAAUAGUAAAUAAAUUAAUGUAGAUGAACAUAUAUAUAUAUAUAUAUAUAUAUAUAUAGAUCAGACUGUCCUGCCAGACCUACAGCACACCCUCUUUACACUUGAUCCUCUUAUUCCGUCCCACAGACCACAGCGACCAAGUUGCUCUCACAGAGGUAUUAUUGUGAGGAAAUAUAUUUAUAGUUGAUAAGACAUUUUGAGGGCAAACUGUCAGCUGUAGCCAAAAAACGCAUUCUAUUGUUAUUAUACAACAUAUUGUUAUACAUGAUUAUGCUGCAGAUUUAAGGAUGCUCCAGCAAAGCAGCAAAGCACUGCUGUGUGGCUUGUAUAUGAAGGAAAAAUCUAAAUGAAAAUCCAAAACCAUGUUCACUAUUUCCUCUCCUGGCAUUGUUCUUCCCUCACAGGGACCAUGUCUCAUUGGCAGGACAGUGUAUAGAUAUAUAUUUUUGUUCUGAGUGUUGUUGUACCUCUGUUGUCAGUCUCUGAACUACACUCGCUUCUCUCUCUGAAAAGGAACAUAUAAGAGCAGCUUGGGUCAGUUCAUUGAUCCACAUUAUUAGCUGAUAGUGUCAGCCCUACAGUAAGUGGAGCCUCGGUGCAAGGUAGAUUUUCUCCUCCUAUAGUUUGUAAUGGGGAUUGAGGGGAAAUUAUUUUACAUUUAGAAGCACUGGCUGCUGGAGGGUUGGAGUUAUAGCUAUACAGAAAAAAAGAGAAUUAGAUGUACUGGUUUGAAAACAGAUACUGACAGUAGGUCCCGUUUACAAGCCUAAAGACACCAUACAAACUUGUGAGAGAACAUGGUUUAACAGAGACAAUCUCAUAGAUAUCUGUUGUUAGAUUCCUCAAUUUAUAAUCAGAACAUAAAACCAAAUGAUUCCACAAUCCCAAACUGUUUUUAAAUCUCUCUUUCUCUCUCUUACUCUCUCUCACUCCUGUUAACUUGUCUCCUGUUUUUCUUUCUUUUAUUGUGAAUUUGUGCCUUUUUGUCAUCUUAUCUUCCAAUAACACUGCUGUACAUUGGAGACGUAAAGAAAUUAAUAAAAAGAAGCAAAGCAACUGUA